AUGGCGGCCUCGACCUCAGCACCGCCGCUGAAAUUCACAGGCUCGAAAUAUCUGAUCCAGAGACUUAUCCUCGCCACUCUGACCGGACGAGCCAUACGAGUAUCGCAAAUACGGGCUUCUUCACACACUUCACCUGGUCUAGCAGCGCACGAAGUCUCUUUACUCCGACUCCUGGAAUCGAUCACGAACGGCUCUCAUAUCGAAUUCUCCUACACUGGCACAACGCUACUCUACAAGCCCGGCCUCAUCACCGGCGCCGCUGCCGGGCAUGGAACCACGACUGGAGGCGUCAUUCGCCAUGAACUUCCCGCCGACUGCACAAGGGGUGCUAGCUACUUUCUCAUCCCGCUCUGCCUGCUUGCGCCCUUCUCCAAGGCGCAGAUGAACGUCCUUCUCACUGGUCCGGGCGUGAUCACCAGCGCUACGGAGACGGGAGACGUCAGCGUCGAUACCGUGCGAACGGCUAUCCUGCCCUUAUUCAAGUCCUUCGGCAUCGAACGAAAUCUCGAACUCCGCAUUCUCCGUCGUUCCAACGUCGGUCGAGACGGCAAAGGUGGUGGCGGGGAGGUGCAGCUUGUGUUCGGUCACCAAGUGCGACUACCAAGGACCAUCCACCUGCUGGACGCUGGCCGAGUAAAAAAGGUCCGCGGCGUGGCCUACUCUACAGGAGUGGCGGGAGCCAAUAACGCACGGCUGAUCGAAGCGGCGCGUGGCGUGCUGAACGAGUUGAUACCAGACACGUACAUCUUCUCUGAUGUCUCGUCUGCGCCACUUGUCGCUGGACUGGAGAAGAACAACCCCAACGCAAAGCGCAAGACUGGCCUGGGCUUUGGGCUGAGUCUCGUGGCUGAGAGUAAUACCAACAUGCUCUAUUCUGCCGACAUCGCGAGCCCACCGCAAGGAGGAGAAGCGCCCGAAGACCUGGGGCGAAAGUGUGCUUAUCAACUUCUUGAAUCUAUCGAAGCAGGUGGUUGUGCUUCCGGGGUUGCAGCGACGAGUGUCUUGACACUUAUGGCGAUGGGCAGCGAAGACGUUGGCCGAAUUGCUCUGAGCAAAGAUGUCCUGGGCUCGGAAGAGGUUGUGCAGCUCGCAAGAGAUCUGAGGACGUAUGGUAUGAGUGGAUGGGGUAUGCGGGAGGGAGACGAAGAGGGUGAGGUGGUGGUGAGCAUUGUUGGAAAAGGCGUUGGGAAUGUUGGAAGGAAGAUUGCGUGA